CACCAGCGCCCGAGCCCCCGGGCCCGCCCAGCGACGCCCCCCGCCUCCCCACACGCAUCCUUAACUCUUCCCUCACCGCCGCGUACUUACGGACGUCGCCAGCGGGGGAACGGGCUCCCCGCGGGGCUGGCCGCCUCCUCUCCUCUGGGAUUCCAGUGGGGACCCCCGAGCGUCCCUUGCCCCGCUUGCCCCCAAGUCUGGGGUCACUGGAAGGCGCCCCCUGCUUGGGGCGGAACCCGUGCUACGCAGGUUCCUAUCUCUGGCUGGGCCCCGGGAUCCCGAGGGCUAGGGCUCGCGCUCCCCUGCGCAGCACCCGGCGGAGGUCCCCUCCGAGGCCCAGGCGCCCCCCUCCCGCGGGGACUCCGUCUUUAUUUUUUGGUAAGGGGAGGCUCAGCGGAAGCCCCGAGUUAUAAUUAGCCGCACUCGGGUUUCCUAGUUAAUCCCCAGCACCACCACUCUGCAGCUCAGGGCGGCGGGCGCUGGGUGAGGGGUGACCGCCGGGAGAGGGGGGAGUUCCAACCCGGGGAAUUUUGAUCCCUUGGCUGGAGAUGCCGGAACCACAGCAGCUGCUGCCCCAAAAUAGCGCCCCCGCCCCUGCAGCCGGGGAUCUCCUGAGCUCCUGGAACACGGGCGUCCCGGCUCGCCCUUCAGGCCCCUCCGCAAUGCCCACGAACCCCCAGACCCCCGCCCCAAGUUCCUGGCUCCCGGGCUUGGGGCGGGGAGCGCCGUCCUUUUCUCGGUCUCUACUGCCGCCGCCUGGCGGCAGCGUGCAACACAACAUCGGACGGAUAGGGGACUCGAGUCUUGGGGGGCGAGGGCUGGCAAGCCUGUUUGCUGGGGUUAGGCAAGAGAUGCGUGCAGCAAACGGGAACCAGCGAGUCCUAGCUAGCUGUGCUAGACAGUGGAUGAGGCAGGGCAGGGUGGGGCAGAGUGUGAAGCAGGCAGGACUUGGAGUGCCCCAGGACCUCCGGCUCCCACACCCUGAAUACCCAACCCACCCCCCAGAGACUCAGCCCUGGACAGCCCAGGAGAGGCUUGGGCUGCGCCUUCACCCCGCCGCAAGCUCCUCUAUCAGCGCCGCCUGUCAGUGAGGGCCCCGCCCCUGCCGUGUGGCCUCUGCGUGGACUGCGGCCUCUGGUGUCCGCACUGCACGCACUGGGCCAGGCCCAGUACACGCAGCGGGGAAGGUGAGGGCUGAGGGCCCUCUGCGAGGCAGGGGGCGGGGACGUUCCUUGGCAAGUCUGGUUUGUCUGUCUGGAUGUGUGUCUGCCUAGUCUCUGCCUUCUUGCUUCUGUCUGCCUGUGUCCUUGUCUCUGCCUGUCUCCCUCCCUCCAUUUCUCUCCUCCUCUCUGCUAACCUGCCCCACCUCCUCUGCAGCUCAGUGAUAACCCUUGGGCAAGAGUGUUACCUAAUCUCCUCCCUCUGCGGUGCCUCAGGCCUUCACCCUUUGCCUUUUUUUCUCCCAACAGACACCUGCCUGCCCUGACAGUCAUGCGGCCUCCGCGGUGUCCCCUGCAUAUGCCUUCCCUGGCUUCCCCACUCCUUCUCCUCCUCCUCUUCCUCCUUGGAGGAGGUACAGGGGCUGAGGGCUUGGAGGACCCAGAGCUACUGGUGACUGUGCGUGGGGGCCGGCUACGGGGCAUCCGCCUAAUGGCUCCUGGGGGCCCUGUCUCUGCUUUUCUGGGCAUUCCUUUUGCGGAGCCACCCGUGGGCCCGCGUCGCUUUCUGCCACCAGAGCCCAAGCGGCCCUGGGCAGGAGUGCUGGACGUCAAGGCUUUCCAGAGUGUCUGUUACCAGUACGUGGACACCCUGUACCCUGGUUUUGAAGGCAUCGAGAUGUGGAACCCCAACCGUGAGCUGAGUGAGGACUGCCUCUACCUCAACGUGUGGACACCAUACCCCCAGCCUUCAUCCCCCGCCCCUGUCCUGGUCUGGAUCUAUGGGGGUGGCUUUUACAGUGGGGCUUCGUCUCUGGAUGUGUACGAUGGCCGCUUCCUGGCACAGGCUGAGGGGACUGUGUUGGUGUCCAUGAACUACCGGGUGGGAGCCUUUGGUUUCCUGGCCCUGCCAGGGAGCCGGGAGGCCCCAGGCAAUAUGGGUCUACUGGAUCAGAGGCUGGCACUGCAGUGGGUGCAGGAGAAUGUGGCAGCCUUUGGGGGGGACCCAACAUCAGUGACGCUGUUUGGGGAGAGUGCAGGUGCCGCCUCUGUGGGCAUGCACCUGCUGUCCCCCCCUAGCCGGGGCCUGUUCCACAGGGCUGUGCUGCAAAGUGGGGCACCCAAUGGACCCUGGGCCACCGUGGGCGUGGGAGAAGCCCGCCGCAGAGCCACACUUCUGGCUCGUCUCGUAGGCUGUCCCCCAGGCAGCACUGGUGGCAAUGACACAGAGCUCGUGGCCUGCCUACGGACACGGCCAGCCCAGGACCUGGUUGACCAUGAGUGGCACGUACUGCCUCAGGAAAGUGUCUUCCGCUUCUCCUUUGUGCCUGUGGUAGAUGGAGACUUCCUCAGUGACACACCCGAGGCCCUCAUCAACGCUGGAGACUUCCAGGGCCUGCAGGUGCUGGUGGGUGUGGUGAAGGAUGAGGGCUCCUAUUUUCUGGUUUACGGGGCCCCAGGCUUCAGCAAAGACAACGAGUCACUCAUCAGCCGGGCCCAGUUCCUGGCUGGGGUGCGGGUCGGGGUCCCCCAGGUGAGUGACCUGGUAGCCGAGGCUGUGGUCCUGCAUUACACAGACUGGCUGCACCCUGAAGACCCAGCACGGCUUAGGGAGGCAAUGAGUGAUGUGGUGGGUGACCACAACGUGGUGUGUCCUGUGGCCCAGCUGGCUGGGCGACUGGCCACCCAGGGUGCCCGGGUCUAUGCCUACACUUUUGACCACCGUGCCUCCACGUUGUCCUGGCCCCUCUGGAUGGGGGUGCCCCACGGCUACGAGAUCGAGUUCAUCUUUGGGCUCCCCCUGGAACCCUCCUUAAACUACACCGUUGAAGAGAGAAUCUUUGCCCAGCGGCUGAUGAGAUAUUGGGCCAACUUCGCCCGCACAGGGGACCCCAAUGAUGCCCGGGACCCAAAAGCCCCGCAGUGGCCACCGUACACGGCGGGCGCACAGCAGUACGUCAGCCUGAACCUACAGCCGCUGGAGGUGCGGCGGGGGCUGCGCGCGCAGGCCUGCGCCUUCUGGAACCGCUUCCUACCCAAAUUGCUCAGUGCCACCGCCUCGGAGGCUCCCUGCACCUGCUCAGGCCCCGCCCACGGGGAGGCUGCCCUGAGGCCCAGACCCGGCCUCCCCCUGCCCCUCCACCUCCUCUCCCGGCUCCUGCGGCUGUGACCAUGGCCUCCUCCCCUCCGGCCUCAGGCGGCCUCUCCUCUAAUGAGUGGUCCACCGUGGGGAAGGGCCCCACUCAGGGAUCUCCAGCUUAACGACCCCCCCCUUAUCAAAUCAAGACUCAUACUGGACAGAGGGGGAGGGGUGACCCACGACCCGACUCUGGGACCCACAGGCCUUUGUUGUUUGAAUAACGCCAAAUACUUUCAUAUAUGAAAUUAACCUUUGCAGCCUAAGCCUGCUGUUGCGGGGAGAGGGAGGACCCGGAGCGAGACAGCACCCCCAGUGGGACUAUAACUGUCAACGAUUUCUGUCUCUUUUUUCCCCCACCAACCCAUGGAUCCUCCCCCUCUGAUCCCUCUGUCCCCUGUCUUCCGGUCACUUUCUCCUCCCUCUCCUUCCUGCCAUCCUUCCCUGGCCCCGCCUCUAUCUCCAUCCUCCCUCUCGUCUUUGCGUUUUUCAUAUAUUCUCCUGAUCCUCUUUCCAUCUCACGUGGCCUCCCUACGUUGUCCGUGUGUCCUCCCUACACCCACGUUCCCCACCCCCAAUGUCCAUUUCCCGACCUCCCCCGUGUUGUCCUCCCCCCACCCACUUGC